AUGAACACAGUGGAAUAUCUUCAACAACAGAACCACGAAAGUCUUCUUUCUGAGAAAAACCCGGAAAUGAAAUUCCACGCAGUCCUUCAACAGGACAAAGAAGGUGUAAAACAAACUGCUGUAUUGCCCCCUGAUGUCCAGAAGGUUUUGGUGAUUAAAGAAGAAAUUCCCUUUGACUGGAGCUUCGGUGUGGACCAUCAGCACCAGGAGAUCCUCCAAAUAAAGGAGGAACAGGAAGAACUCCUGACCAGUGUGGGGGGAGAGCAGCUUAACGGGUCGGAGGAAGCUGAUAACACCAGGUUCUCAUUCGCUGUUGCCAAUGUGAAGACUGAAAAUGAUGAUGAUGAGAAAACUCAGACUUCAGAUCUCCACCAGAACCAACAUGACUACAACAGAGAGACUAAUCGGAUAAAAGCAGAAACUGAUGGAGAGGACUAUCCAGGAGCAGAACCAGCUGGAAACCCAAAUCUAAAGAUUUGUGCAGAGCUGAAAGCAAAUGGAAACGCUUCUGAUUCUUCUGAAACUGACAUCAGUGACGGCGAUGAUGAUUGGCAGGAACCUUUAUCCUCUCCUGGACCUGAAACAAAAACCAGCGAUGGAGAUCAGAAGGAGACGCCUGUGCCUCACUUUCCUAACAGUGUUAACACUGAAAGGUUUACGCAGCAGCCUUACAUAAGACUCUACCCACAAAAGAAGCCGUUCAGCUGUGAUAUUUGUGGUAAAAAGUUCACUCGCAAAAUGCACGUUAAAACACACAUAAGGACCCACACGGGAGAAAGACCCUUUGGUUGUGACGUCUGUGGUGAGAGGUUUGCACAGGAGGGGAACUUGCGGAGUCACCUGAGAGUGCACACGGGGGAGAAACCAUUCAGCUGCGACGUCUGCGGUAAAAAGUAUAGACAGCAGGGUGUUCUGAGGACACACAUGAGAACUCACACAGGGGAAAAACCGUUUGGGUGCAAGUUUUGUGGAAAGCAAUUUAGCCAACAGACUCAUCUCAAGGCACACAUCAGAAUCCACACUGGAGAGAAACCUUAUCAGUGUAACUUCUGUGCCAGCAGCUUCAGCCAGAAGAAGCAUUUUGAUGAGCACACCAGACGGCACACUGGAGAAAAACCGUUCGGGUGCGAUUUUUGUGGAAAACGGUUCUACCGGCAGGAGUAUCUGAAGAGUCACGUUACGAUCCACACAGGAGAGAGACCGUUUGGCUGUGAUGUUUGUGGAAAAACCUUCAAUCGAAAGACACGAUUUAAGGCUCACAUGACGCUUCACAAGUGUUAG